AUGGAGAGCGCGUACGCGCUCGAACCGGGAGUGGCUACCGGCGGCGACGGAAGCGGAAUAUGCGGUGACAAGGCAGCCAAACAGGCGGCCUUCGUACAAUACUACCGGCGAGUGCUCAAUGAGGGCACGCAGGCCGAAAUCGAAGCGUGGUUACUCACCUUCCCGCUCUUCACCAGCUUCAACACGGCCGGCGCGCCGGCUGCCGCCCUCUUCGACCUCUGCGCACAGCGAUAUACAGAACUCACCGCCAAGAGCGAUAGCGAUUUCACGGCACGCCAGCGGACGAGCAUCCUGCAGUGGCUUCGAGGCAAUUGCCUGGCGAACGAGAUAAAGCUGCUUUUUCUGCGACACAACAGCCAGCGAUAUGAUAUGAGCCACACGCUCCGGGAGACCAUCGCCAAGCACGACGCCGCAUCGAAGCCCGUUGAAUUCUUGGACAUUCCCGAGCCCGCGCUCGCCAGAGAGUUCACGGUGGUCGAGUUUCAGUUGUUCAGGGACGUGGACCUCCGCAGUUUACUCACCGUAAAGAACCAGGACGGCGACUCACUGUUCGAGCCGCUCAUUGCACAGUACAACAUGGUGGCACACUGGGUGGCCCGGGAGAUCCUGAUGGCCAGAAAGGCCGAGUUGCAGGUGCAGGUGCUAGAGAAGUUCAUUCGCCUGGCGAAUCAGUGCCUGCUUCUCAAUAACUUUAACACAUUCAUGGAGAUCGUCUCGGGGCUCAAUCACAACUCGCUGCAGCGGCUGAAGGGCCUGUGGGCUCGGGUGUCGGACAAGGCGAAGGAGCAGUGGCGCGAGAUCGACACGCUGAUGAGCCCGCAGCACAACUUCAGGCACUACCGGCGCGAACUCAAGAAGCGGAAGACGCCCGUGUUGCCCUACUUUGGCAUCUAUCUGCGCGACUUCACCUUCAUCAAUGACGGCAACCAGAAGUACCUGCCAGACGGCGCAAUCAACGACAAGUAUGUAAAUUUGCUCUAUGAGCGUGUGAGCGAGGUGAAAAGCUUCCAGAGCGUGUCCUACACACUGGAUUCAACCGGGCAGCCGGACGCCAAGCAGUACAUCUCGUCACUCGCCAUGGAUAUCAUGUAUGACGAGGAUGAGUUGUACGCCCUGUCGCUGCAAUCGCAGCCCAGCCUGUGGGUGGAGCCGGCGAGCGAAGACACCACCUCGCAGGAAACCAGCACCGAGUCGAGCCAGGUCAAAUCGCGCAAGGGAAGCGGCUCGGAAAUGGGCCACGGGACUCUAAGGGCACGCCGUAACAAUCGCAGUGCGUCCGAUGUCGAUACAGCGGACACGCUGUCGCACUCGGGGUCGCAGGUGGGCCGGCCCAGAGCGGCCACGACCACGACCGCGCCCAAGGAUGAUGCUACCGACGGCGAGGGCGGCGGGUCCUUCAUUGGUGGCGAGGAGAGUUCGCGGAAGCGACACAGCCGGGAGGUGCGAUCUAAGAAGGAGGCCAACAACAACGGCGGCGACGCGGAUGGCAAGCUCACGCCCAGGAGCGACCAGGAGACCGGCCGCGGGCGCAACUUGGUGAAGGAGGGCGAUGGCAGCAGCGGCUCGACGUCAACUCUGCAGCCGCGCACGCUGGCCAACUCGCAGACACGCCUGUUCCAGUCGUUCGACGAUCUCAACAACCUGCGCGACGAUACGAUCGUGCGACGGCCCUCCGAAGUCAACCGGCUGCACAGCCACCACCCCGGCGGCGUCAGCCGCGAUGACGCCUCGCUCAACGGAGAUAGGAAGAAGUCGAAGAAGAAGAAAGAAAAGGCGGAGAAGGAGAAGGCAAAGACGGUCAACAACUUCAUCAACAAGGACGAGGAGAGCGCGUCGGGGCGCAAGAUGCUCGGGGCGUCGCUGCGUAAAUUCAACUUCACUGCGGCGAUGGCGGCGGCGACUGACCAGGUCUCGGGCCGGAAGAGCCCCAAGGGCUCGACCACGCCCAGCGCCUCGCCGCGCUCACCGCACUCCGCCUCCGUGCUGCCGCCCCAACUACCCCAGCCCUUCGCGGCGGCCCAGCCCUUCUACCGCACCGCCGAGAGAACUGUUGGCCAGCACUACGCCGAGUGCUCACAGUCCGCCAAGAACGGCACGGUCAGUAUCUUCGACGAGCGAUACCUUCUACUGCGGGCCUCCGCGCUUUCAGUCGAAUUCUGUUACGCCGUCUCCGAAACAUUCACUGCCAGCGGGGUGACGCUCAGCAAGGAGCAGAGGGAACAGAUGGCGCACUGCAUACUGUCCGACGCGCGGGUGUUCGCCAAGAAGAUGAACCUAGCACCGGGGCUCGAGGCGCUCGCCGCGGCGCCCGCGCACAUGGCCCACGCGGGCUGGGCCGUGGUGGCGCUCAAUAACGUCGACGACCACCAGCUGCUGCGCGAUGAGAGCACCGUGGCGCUGCAGCUGGACCACCUCAACUCGUUCGAAACGCACUCGCACGCGCACUUUGCUGCGGCGGACGAGGACCAACAGCAGAGCAGCACGUACCACUCGGUUUGUGUCAUGAACUCGGGCUACAGCAGCGGCUGGCUGUGCGAAGCGCUGGGACACUCGGAACUCGUCGCCGCCGAGGUCAUGUGCCGUGCCAGAGGGGAUGAUGUGUGCCGCGUGAUUGUGGCCCACCCGAGCAAAAUGGCAGUGCACCUGGACCGCUUCUGCGCCGAACACAACUACUCGGCCGACCGACGGCGCCGGGUGAUACUGCACCGCUUCCUCGACUCCAUGAAAGCCCUCAGCCAGGUGUCAACAGCCGACGACUCCUCCUCCGAUCGGCCAUCGACCUCCCGCCAAUCGGGCACCAGCAACGCAGGGGCCGACGGAACCAAUGGCGCAGAAUCAGAGAAGCCCAACGGGGUCCGCGGCCUGAUCAAUCGGUGGCGCAGCCGCACGCCGACCACGCUCUCGGUGCCGGCAUCGUCGUCCACUGGGACCCAGCAGCCCAUGGCCUCGCCCCGCUCCAACUCGACGCCGGCGCCGGUGCUGCCUGCGGCCAGCCCGGCCUCGGCCUCGGCGGCAUUUGGGAGCGCGACGACCAAGGGCAGCACGAUCGUGGCAGCGGAGCGCGGUGGCGCGGCGGGUUCAGCGCGACCGAGCCCGCGUCGCAACUCGCUCUCGGCGUCGUCAUCGAGCGUGAUCAUCUCCCCGACGCCGUCUGCCACUGAAACCAAAAUGGCGGAGGCCAGGCCGCGCCGGGGCAGCGACACCGCCGCAGACCAGCAGAAGUCCGCACAGCGUGGUGCGGGCAUUGAGGCGACGUCGGCCGGAUUGGACAGAGAGGUGCUGGCCAGCGAGGGCAAGCGCAUCCGGGAGCUGCUGGCCGAACACGCGUUCGGGCGGCAGGAGCUCAACGCCGGCCAGGGGGCGGUGUCGAUCGGCGGCCGCCGGCACGUGUUUCUCCGGGCCGAGGCCGUGUCGCACGGCUUCUUCCAGCUGCUGUCCGAGGUCCUCCCGGUCAAGAAGCCGCAGGCCGACGUCAUCGCGGCCAACUUCCUGUUCGACUUUGGCUGUUGCCUGGGCAAGACCGACCAGCGCCACUACGCCGCGGACCCGGCGUUGUCAUCGCCGUCGCCGUCGUUCUUCGAGAGCCUGCUGACGCUGCCGCCGCUGAUGGCGCACAUGGGCUGGGGCACGAUGCGCAUCCAGGCCAAGCACGCACACAUCAGCACCGCUCCCGACCAGUUGUCCAACUUCUUCCUCAAACUCGUGGUCCACCGCAGCGCGGAGGCCGAAGCGUGGAAGGCGCGCGAGGAGUCGGAGACACGCCAGACGGAGGCGGAGUCGAGCGAAGUGGAGAAAGGCGCCGCGCACGAGAGGCGAGAGUCGCGGGCUGACGAGGCGACGUCAACGAGAGCCACCAGCAAGCGAUCGCCGGUGUGCGUCAUGAGCGCGGGCUACAUCACGGGAUUCAUCAACGAGUGUCUGAGCGCAAGCCAGGGCGACAAAGCCCCGGUCACCCAGCUCAGCGCGCUCGAAGUUGGAUGCUCUGCGCUUGCGGGGCACGGAAGCUGCACGUUCAUCGUGGCGCCGCGGGAGAGCCUGACCCAGAGCGCGCAGCAGUUCCUGGACCGUUCCAAGAAGAAGCGAAGCUAUUGCGGACAUCCGCAGCUGCGGCUCCAUCUCACCGCACCCGCCGCACCACCGCCUUCUCGCCCGACCAAGAAGCUAGCGUAG